AUGGCUGCUACUGCUACACCCCAUGAGCAUUCUGACGCUGCAAGCAUUUCCGUCAAUAAAUUCGUUGACGGUGCUGUGGCUGGGAAUAACAGAGCCCUCUCCUUCUUCUCCAGAGAUCUUGGCCAAGAUAUUGACCUUCUCCUUAUGUUUGAGCCUCCGGCUGCUGGACGUUUAUACGUAGACCUUUUCCCUGUAUGCUGGAAGGUCCUCUCUUUGAGCGCUGGUGGCUUAAGCACAGCAAGUGUCGAGUACACUGCUGCAAGUGGAUUCUUUGUUCCGCAGGUCGAAUCAGGAAAUCGUGUUUUCGCUUCAAACUCGCAACCUUGUGAGACUGGGCAGCGGUGCACUCUCAGAAUCAAUGAUAACGGUAAUGGAAACUCUAUUACUGCCCCUGUCCCAGGCGUCGGUGGAUCCAUGCAAUGUCUUAACACAACUGGUCGCCCGGCCAGUAUUGGGAUGGGAUUUUUCAACACUACAGGUACGAAAAUGGAACCUGCACUCUUGUGGGACAACGUUGCGAACAAUUCGAUUCUUUCUAUCCAGCUUACCCCCAGGCUAAAAAUAUAUGCUGUCAGAGAUUAUAAAGCGACCGAAUUGAUUAGGGGAGACAUCGAAUCUCCUCUGCUCUUUGAGAGGAACCUUAUCGCUCUUCCUGCCAGUACCACAUGGAAAGUAUUCAUUGAUGAAGGAACUGGUGAAAUCAAGAUUGAGGCAUCUAACUAA